AUGAAUUUUCCUGUUUCUACAAAUAAAACAAGAAAGCGUCAAAACUGGCGAAGGUUUGCCUUCUACUUUAUAGCUGUUUUUCUACUCUACUACUUUUCAAAAAUCAUAUAUCACUUGUUUCACUCUCCAUCUAGUUUAGAACAUACUAUCACAGAAAAAACAAAGCAGACGACGUUUCGUAAAGAACAAGACAUACUCUAUUUUCAUGAUGACAAUCAAACUUAUCUUGACUUUCCAUGGUAUCAAAAGGAACAUACGCGCCCACAAUAUAAACCUAACGCAACCUUGCUUACGAUCCACCUCUCUUUAAAAGACAGAGAAAUCAUGGAGCAAAAGGCAGUUUUAACAGCAAAACGAUUGGCAUUUAAACGAUUUCCUCCUGAGAAUUACAUUGGCAUUCGCGGAUCCAAACUUAGCACAGCAGCAGAUGUACAGGCAUUUAGAGACCAUGUAACAUGUUGGACCAAUGGACAAUGGAUUCGUGUAUCUGAGCUCAAUAGCAAACAACACUUUGCAUUAAAGCAUAUUCAAGAUCCAAUCUAUAGUACAUGCGACCGUCAAUUCUAUAAGACGCAUGCGUCAGAUGAGAUUAGAGAAGCAGUAAAGUACCGUUGGCAACCUACCAAGUCUGACACAUGUCCUCCUUUAAACCUAAAAGUUGAAUCAAAAAAAUGGUGUAGAGUGCUACAGGGGAGAAAUAUGCUACUUGUAGGUGACUUAGUCCAUUAUCAAUACCAUGAAGUUCUAUUGGAUGCUUUUCGUGACGAUCCUACUGUUUGUUUUGGUGAACUAAACUGCAAAGACCAUACUAUCUGUAAAUCGCCCAAGGAUACACGACUUCGCUAUGUGCGUAAUGAUAUUCUUUCAACCAUACGCAAAUUCCAAAACAGAGAUCAAGGACACCCCUUAGCGAAUGUCAUUGAAUGGCCAUUUGUUACUUCGAAUAUUCUCUCUUCAUACCCUAUUCUUAUUCUAAGUCGCACAUCGGUAUUGGGUGAUGAUGAUCUAUUGUUUACUCGACGUUUGAUUCAUACGAUGAAAGUGAUUCGAGAAACUUCGCCUGAUGCACUUGUGAUUUACAGAUCUGCCUUUAUUGGACAUCCCUUUUGCAAUGAUGCUACACAACCUCUUUCUAAGCCAUUGACCGACGAAGAAUUGAAGCGAUUGCCUUAUGGUUGGAGUGAAACGAAACGAAGAAAUGCGAUUGCAAAAGCUGUUGUUGAAGCUGCUGGUGGUGUCUAUAUUGAUUUUGCUUCUAUGAUCAACUUGAGACCCGAUGGUCAUCUAGGAGGACAAGACUGUCUCAGAUAUUGUAUUCCUGGUCCAUUAGACGCAACAACGCAAGUGUUGUAUAAUGUAUUUACAAGUUUAUUAUAA